CUCGCACCCGCACCGUGUUGCACGUCCAUGUUUCUCCGAAACAGCUUGGCCGCGUCCUCUCGGCUUCUCCCGGCUCUUCGGCCUGCUUCUGUCGCCGCCAUGAGCACUGGCACCUUCGUCGUGUCGCAGCCGCUCAAUUACCGCGGCGGGGCCCGCGUGACUCCAGCGGACGCCUCCGGCUCCGAGAAGGCGUUCGAGCCGGCCACGGGGCGAGUGAUAGCUACUUUCUCAUGUUCUGGAGAAAAGGAAGUAAAUUUGGCUGUUCAAGAUGCAAAGGCUGCUUUUAAAAUAUGGAGUAAAAAAUCUGGCAUGGAGCGAUGUCGAAUUCUUUUGGAGGCUGCCAGGAUCAUAAGGGAACGGAAGGAUGAACUCGCUACCAUGGAGACCAUCAACAAUGGCAAGUCCGUCUUUGAGGCCCGCUUGGACAUUGACACCUCCUGGCAGUGUCUGGAGUACUUUGCAGGCCUGGCUGCAUCCAUGGCUGGUGAACACAUCCAGCUCGCCGGUGGGUCGUUUGGCUAUACCAGAAGGGAGCCUCUCGGAGUAUGUGUGGGGAUAGGAGCCUGGAACUACCCCUUCCAGAUUGCCUGCUGGAAGUCAGCCCCGGCGUUGGCCUGCGGUAACGCCAUGAUCUUUAAACCAUCUCCCUUCACGCCUGUCUCUGCACUGCUGCUGGCUGAAAUCUAUACCCAGGCUGGUGCACCUCCCGGGCUCUUCAACGUGGUGCAGGGAGGGGCAGCCACAGGCCAGUUUCUGUGUCAGCAUCGUGAUGUGGCCAAAGUCUCCUUCACUGGAAGUGUGCCCACUGGCACAAAGAUCAUGGAGAUGUCAGCUAAAGGAAUCAAACCCGUGACCUUGGAACUUGGAGGCAAAUCUCCCCUGAUCAUUUUCUCAGACUGUAAUUUGCAAAAUGCUGUGAAGGGGGCACUGAUGGCUAACUUCCUCACACAAGGAGAGGUUUGUUGUAAUGGCACAAGGGUAUUUGUGCAAAAGGAAAUCCUUGACAAGUUUACAGCGGAAGUGGUGAAACAGACCCAAAGUAUAAAAAUUGGAGAUCCCCUUCUGGAAGACACAAGGAUGGGGCCUCUUAUCAACCGACCGCACCUGGAGCGAGUCCUUGGAUUUGUUAAAGUGGCAAAGGAGCAGGGUGCUAAAGUGUUGUGUGGUGGAGACCCAUAUGUACCCGAAGAUCCCAAAUUGAAGGAUGGAUAUUACAUGAGUCCCUGUGUGCUAACUAAUUGCAGAGAUGACAUGACCUGUGUAAAAGAGGAGAUCUUUGGACCAGUUAUGUCCAUUUUAUCAUUCGACACAGAAGCCGAGGUUCUGGAACGAGCUAAUGACACCACUUUUGGACUAGCUGCUGGGGUCUUCACCAGGGACAUCCAGCGUGCUCACAGAGUGGCGGCCGAGCUUCAGGCUGGAGUGUGCUUCAUCAACAACUACAAUGUCAGUCCCGUGGAGUUGCCCUUUGGUGGAUACAAGAAGUCAGGGUUUGGCAGAGAGAAUGGCCGCGUGACCAUUGAGUACUACUCACAGCUCAAGACUGUGUGCGUGGAGAUGGGUGAUGUGGAGUCUGCUUUUUGAAGACAAGCGGUCAGCCUGGCCAGGCUGUGGACUGUGGACUGUGCGAGGCCGUUGAGCUGCAUACUGCUUUAAAUCCAGAUGGGUGGCCGUUCAGGACAGGGGAAUGGCCAGUGUUAUUCUUCACCUGCCAAUCAUCUUCCUAAUUGAAAAUGUGACAAGUGCCUUUUAGAUAUUAAUCGAGAAUGUUGUGAAUUAAUCUGUAAGAGCCAGCAACAUGAUUCUGGAGCACGAGUUGAACAGGAUUGCAUCAACGCAUAUCUGACUGUGGUUACUGUCCAUUUCCUAGCUGGCUUUAAAGUUUGUUCCUGGUGGAGUCAGUCAGUACAGAUGAUUUCUGCUCCCUGACAUUAAGUCCUGGCCCCUUAUCACCCCUCUGAGAGAGCUGAUGGGGAGGGAAGGGCAGAGAUAACAGAUGGGUCACUGCUGUGUGAAUGUGAACUUGCAGGGCUAGCACCUCAUUUCCACCUAGAGCUGUCUCCAGCCCUUGAGGCAGAGUGUGCUCUCCGGGAUGGAAGAGUGGCCAGUACUGUACACGUUGGUGCGUUACGGUAGCAUACUAAAAUUAAAUCACCCUGGUCAUCCUUUCAUGUCAUGCUUUGAAACUAAACACAUCUUAAUAUCAUAGUCUGACCAAGGAUAGGGCUGAUGUUACAAGUACAGGACAGAGGAUUUGAUCUUGUUUGCAAUGAGGACAAGAGGGCCUAUAGCGGUUGCUGUAAUAAAACUCAUAUGGCCCAGGUGAGCUCAGGCUCCCCAGCCUCUGGGGCAGAGCCUGGCCUCCAAGAGCUGUUGGGUGGCUGUGGCCUGUAGGGCUUCAGGGCCUUGCCGUGUCCUCCCUCCGCUGCUUCCUUCCUGGAGGUCAGUUAUGAGAAUUGUUGCAGUGACUGUGGAGUGAGAGGGCCACAGCCAGCUGUCUGGAUCCCCAGGAAAGCUGGUAAUGGUAAUCAUUCUGAGAGUGAGGGCCUCACAGCCAGGGGAGAAGCUGGCUUAAGUCUGAAUCUGGAGGCCUGAGAACCAGGAGCACAGGUGUCUGAGAGCAGGCCAAGAUGGAGGUCUCAGCACAGAGGGAGAGCUCACCCUUCCUCUGCCUCUUUUGUUUGGGCCUUGAAUGAAUUGAAUGCUGCCCACCCACAUGGGUGAGGGCCUCCUGCUUUACUCAGUUCAGAUGCUAAUGAUUUCUGGAAACAUGCUCAUCAUCCAGGCACCUAGAAGUAAUGUUUCACUAGCCAUCUGGGCAUGUUCCAUUUGACACUUGACCAUCACAGUAGCUCAUUUUGUGGUCAUAAAUAAGGCAUGAUUCUUGUUAUUGGGCCUGUGUCUAAUUACAUAUGAUGAUAGGCAAAUUCUGUCCAUAUAAACCACAAGACCACUUGAAUCCUCUUCACAGAGGAUGCAGAUACAACACUGGGCAAGCCAACAGAAUGUUCUCACUCAAUCUUAGGGGAUUCAAGUGUGACUUAGACACUGGGAGAAAACUAGUUUCUGCCAAUUCCUCAAAGAGAAACCGGGGGAGGGAGCCAACAGAAGUGUGUCCUCUGUUCAGGCCCUGGGCCCCUCCCAGUGCUACAGUGAGCACAAGAAGACGUUUCUAGGCAGAGAAACUAUUCACAUACAAAAGGUAGCACAGGCCCCUUUUCUCCCUUUGAUUUUCACUGUGGGUACUCCUAAAUCUACCACUCUCUAAUAUGAAAAUCUGGCCAUGAAAGUUGGUUUAAAUUAAUGACAUCACCCAUUUAAGUCAACUAAGGAUGGUCCAGAAAACUGGGAGCAGUGAGUCCUUCCUGCCCAGUUGUGAGUUUAACUUCUACAACAAUCCCAGGCUGGUUAGGUUCAUCUUCAGUUCUCUAAGGUAAUUAUGGAGUCGUCGAUAGAUUUUUACAGGCAUUGAUGCUGAGUUGGGACAGACCAGCUUUCUCUCAGGAUUUCUCUGGCUGUCUCUUGUAGUUGUACCACUCAGAGCAACAUCGCCCUAUGUCCCUCAGCACAGGUGACCCCAUCACAUGCACGCACGCCCUGUGCUCUCUGGGCCCAGGUGUCUGUAAUUCUAGGUGUGCGUGUAAUUCUAGGUGUGCGUGCAAGACUGCAGGUGCCAGUCACAUGCUAAUGUGGGAAGGCAUAAAAGGCCUGAUUUUUAAUUCAUUUACUCUACAGCUUUCCGCUGAUUAAAAGUGAUUUCUUUCUUUUUUACAUUGAAA